AUGGAAAUCGCAAGUCCUCUUUUAGAAAUCGUCAAAGGUUUAUGGGCCUUGGCCCGUAAACCUUUGGGCUACAUUUAUAAUCUGAAAGAUAAUGUCCGCUCGUUGGAUGAAGAAAAUAAAAAUCUGAAGGCUGUGAGCGAAGAUGUGAAGGCAAGGGUGGAACGUGAAGAAGAAGAAACACGCGCGUGGCGCACGAAUCAAGUGGCGAGCUGGUUAGGCAAGGUGCAAGACUUUGUCGGUGGAGUAGAUCAAGUUCUUCGGGAAGCCGGGGAACGUGACCAAAUCAAAUGUCUCAGUCGUUGUUUUCCACGGAACUGCUGGUCGAGUUAUAAAUUGGGGAAAAGAGUUGAUCAAUUGCUCAACGAAGUGAGACAGCUCCAACAUGAGAAAGAAAAAUUUAGCGAUUUCACGUCACGGCUGCCUCCUCCUCAAGUGCUCGAGAUGCCUAUGGACAAGACAGUGGGGGUUGAUAUUUCCCUUAAUAAAGUGUGGAAAUGGCUAGUGGACGAAAAACAAGUGGGAGUGAUUGGGUUGUACGGAACGGGCGGUGUGGGAAAGACCACCCUCAUGAGAAGGAUCGAGAAGGAGCUUUCGUGUGCAAAUAACGGAUUCGAUGUUGUUAUUUGGGUGGUGGUGUCCAAGGCAGUGGAUAAAGAUAGAAUUCAAGACACCAUAAGGAGAAGGCUGGGCAUUGAAGAUAAGCAUUGGGAAGGAUGGUCCUGGGAUGAGAGGGUCUAUCAUAUGUGCCAAGCUUUGACCCAGAAGAAGUUUGUGUUGUUGCUUGAUGAUUUAUGGGAAAGGCUGGACCUUUCCAAAAUCGGAGUUCCUCAUCAUGUUCUCGAGAACGGAUCCAAAGUAGUGCUCACAACUCGGUCGGAGCAAGUAUGCCACCAAAUGAGAGCCAACAAAACCCUUGAAGUACGGUGCUUGAUGCACGAAGAAGCCCGGGGAUUGUUCGAGAGCAUCGUCGGCAAAUCGACUAUGCAUUCUCAUCCAAAAAUUCUAGCGCUCGCUGAUGACAUUGUACAAGAGUGCAAAGGGCUGCCACUAGCCCUUAUUACCGUUGGGCAAGCCAUGGCCGGCAUAGCCAAUCCCAAUGAGUGGAACUAUGCGCUGACAACGCUUAGGAAAAAUCCACACAGACUAUCAGGUAUGGUGGAUGAAGUGUACCACAUAUUAGAGUUCAGUUAUGAUAGAUUAAAUGACUCUACUCUUCAGCGUUGCUUCCUUUAUUGUUGUCUCUUCCCUGAGGAUUACCACAUAAGACGGCACGACCUUAUUGGACUAUGGAUUGGAGAGGGCUUGCUAGGAGACACCGAUGAUGUAUACAGUUUGCGUAAUGAGGGAGAGCAUGUCUUGGGGAGGUUAAAUAGGGCUUGCCUAUUGGAAAGUGGGCGUGAUGAUGACCAACGGCAUGUGAAGAUGCACGAUGUCAUCCGCGACAUGGCAACCUGGAUCGCUCGUGACCACGGGCAAAGGGAGAACAAGUUGCUAGUGAUAGAGAAAGACGAAGACAUGUCCGAGGAUAUGAUCUCCAAAUGGGGAGAAGCAAAGAAAGUAUCUCUAUGGGGAAAAUGGAUUCGAAAUAUCGACAAAAAACCACCCCAGUGUCCGCAGCUCGAAACUUUAUUUGUGAGGGAAACAGAAGUGACGUUCAUGCCAAAAGGAUUUUUCGACUCGAUGACGGCUUGUUUGGCGGUCCUGAACCUGUCCAACAAUAAGCAUAUCAAGUCAUUCCCCGAAGGGAUUUGCAAUCUGAUUAAUCUAUGGUACUUGAACUUGUCGAGCACCGGAAUUAGUGAAUUACCCAAAGAAAUCAAGAACUUGACUCGUUUACGGUGGUUGCUACUGGACAAUAUGUUGGAAAGUAACAUCCUUAUUCCAACAGGGGCAAUCACAAGCUUACCGUUGAAUGUGUUCAGCCAAUGGCAAUUCAAAGGACAUUUCGAGGAAUGGGGUUUAGUGAAGGAAGAAGAGACGGUAGAGGAACUAGGGUGCAUGCAACAUCUCACCGACUUAUCUAUCUGCGUGCGUGAGUCUUCCUCUACUCAGAAAAUAUUUCAAUCCCCAAAUUUACGGAGACGGAUAAGGAGAGCGUGCAUUAAUAAUAGGAAUGGUAACUUGACUAGCAUCGUAAUAAAUUGCUCACCAGCAAGCAAUGACGGUUUCUCGCAUUUAAAGACGCUUUAUCUACUUCUAUGUACCAAGUUGAGUGAGAUGAAGAUAACUCAAGGAAUAGGACGAGCGCCCAACUGCUCUUUUUUCCCCAAUCUCGUUAAAGUUUCGGUCGACAAUUGCAGGCUUUCGGACCUGUCCUGGCUCGUGCAUGCUCCGGAGCUUCAAAAACUGACGGUCGUACGCUGCAAAUCGAUGGAGAAAAUCAUUGGGGAUGGAUUUGCAAGGGAGGAAUUAGCUGCUUCGAGACUAUUUUCACGUCUCGAAUCCCUACUACUCAUGAGUCUUCCCAAGCUAACGAGCAUUUGCGACCAGGCUCUAUCCUUUCCCCAGGUGGUAAGAUUCUCCAUACUCGACUGCCCUCGUCUUAGAAAGUUGCCGCUGGACUCGAGCAGCGCGAGGGGAAGCUUCGGGGUCACAGCGGGAAAAGACUGGUGGGCCGAGUUUGAGUGGGACCCCACCGCCCGGGUCACUUUGCAGUUGGGUUGGUUGAGCCGUGCAGAAGAAGAAAUGACAUUUGAAGAGGCAGCACGUAAGGCGAAAGAUAACCAGUCCUUUCUUGGCCUGGCCACGAUUAGAUUCCUACCUUGUGGGGGGCCGAGUGAGUGA